AUGUUUGGCGUGAGAGGAAAAGUAAAAGCCUGCAAUUUUGUGCAUAAUGAUGAAAUCUGGUGAGUAAUUUCUUAAACUGUCUUGCUUACUGUUAACAUUAUUUAAAUAAACCAUAUUAUAGUAUUUGUUUGUUUGGAUGUUAGGUUAUAUACUGAAAAGUCCACGCGAAGCCAGCUCAAACUUGCGGAGCAGCAUAUAUACAGCUCAAAAUCAUGUUCCCCACGGGUUAAAUUACAAUUCUCCAUUCUUACUGGCUGUACUUAUCUUGUGAAAGGUUUGAACCCAGGAGUCAUUUCAAAAGUAGGUUGAGUUUGAUCGUCAGGGUGAACGUAGUCCUGAAUAGGACUGUUGUUGUUGACAGUGACUGACGUUUCGACAACCUGUGCGGUAGUCAUCUUCAGAGUAAAAGUGAGUUUAUCUUGUUUAUUGGUUAUAAGAGGCCAAAUAAGGACCCAGCAAAAGAGACAAAGGGAGGAGAGGCAAAGAAAAAAACGGAGAUGAUAGAAGGCGAAAAAUUAAACUUGCCGUCUAGAAAUUUUGCAUAACUUCCCUGGACUAACUUGGUUUUGAUUUAUAUAGGAAAGACCACGUGAACAGAGAACUACUGUCACAACGGCGUUGGCCUGACAAGUGGGGAUUUCUGGCCAGUGAAUGCCGGAAGGUAAGCCGCGAAUAAACCAGUGUAGCGUAAGUUCUGUAGCCUGCGAGUUUAGACGGUUUAGUUUUGUCUGGGGCGCACGAUAAAAUACUAUUCUUGAAACCAACAUGGAGCCUUGCAACCUUAUAAUGUUUUUGUGUUAAGAAACUUUUUAUUAAUUCCGGUUGUUUGGGCGAUGUACUCUACCAUACAAAGCACCAGUCAAAUUAGAAUGCAAGGCAAAGUAAAGUUUUUUAAAAUUCUCACUUACCGACAAACUUUAGCUUGGUGUACAGGCCGUAAUCAUGUAGGUAAAGUAGGCACAAGUUGUUCAUAAAUCAUACAGCUCCCACACCUCUUCAAAAACCUACAACUUUUCAGUCCUUAUGAAUCAAAUCCUGAUGUUAAAUACCAAUAGUAGUACAUAUGGCUACCCUGGGUCCUAACCAAUCAGAGCGCAGCAAAUUUCGUCUCGACCAAUCAGCAUCGCGCAUUUCGCCCAUGUGACUUAUUGACGUCACAACCCAUUGUUUUAAACCACGUGACCCCAUAGGAAUAAAGAACACGCACACACAAGAGUUGAAUCUACAUUCUUGUCAUAGUUUUAAUGAACCGCGUGAAGUCCUGGGUACAAGCGGGACGUGUGUGACACCCUAAUGAUAUCACGCCCAUUACAAAUCUAAUAGCAAAUCGAGUUCGUUCCCAAUCCUCUGGUAACCAUAGGGAUAACUGGAUCGGGUGGCGACCUCAAUGACACGCUUGUCGAACACCAACCCAUACUGCUUCACGCGCGGAACCACUUGAAUUUGUUUUUGUUCCAAAUCUCGUUGGAAAUAAUAAGGGUUGGUCAGGUUCAAAUUGCGUCGAGACUCCUGGGGCGAAUCUAAUUCGGAGAGAAUGUUGUCUUUCAUGGUCUGAAAAUUGAGAAUGGCGGAUCCACGGACAUUGAGCGUGAAACCGCGGACCUUGCAUACCACUUUACCCUGUCGUGUCAUGUACCCAUAAUUCUUGGCACCCCCCGAAACAAACUCGGUGAUGACGUCACCAUCCAAUUCGUCGGUCAUGUCCCCCAAAAAAUCGCCGGUGGCAAUGCUGGGUUGACCGGGCCGCCAUUUGUAUACCACACUAUCAGUGUCGUAGUAAAGGACUUGCUGUUGAAGGGUAUCCAGGGACUCGUAGAGCUUGAGUCGAGCAUGGCAGGUGGUGAAAGCGGCCACAAAAAUAUUGGUCUUGGUGCCUUUGACAGCAUUGUCUUGGACACUGGUGUAAACGGCUUCCAAGAUAUCGUCCGUGCAAAGGCGGAGCGUACUGAGGUCGAGAGCAGCAUCCGAGAUGAGAUUGAACAAUUGGGCGGGGUCUUGGACAGUGACAGUGGUGGGUUUAUUGAUCCGCUCCCCAAAUUUGCCCCAGAAACUGUUCAGCAUGAGCUUGGCCGUGGCUUUGCGACCGGGAUUUUUGGCAAUACUGGCAAUGUCCAGUUGGAUGCCUUCCCGUUCCUGGUAACGAAGAAUAUAAUGGCGUUUUUGCUCAAGGGUCUGACACCAGCCAGGCCAUCCUGCAGAUUCUUGUUUCAACUUGAGCCAGGUGUUCACAUAAUCAGCAAAAAGACCCGUUUGGCGUUGCUCGGGGGGAAAAUGCCAGACUUCAUGAAUCUUGAUCAGCGUGUACCCCUUUUCGACCGCUUUGACCAAUUCGGGUGUGCACCAGGUCCCGCGUAGCGUGCGAUCUGCAUCAGAAUGAGGGCAAUAACGGGUUCGGGUCAACAUGGGUUGGGCCUGUUCGGACUGAACACAAGCACGGCAGAGAGGAAAGGUGAGCUUGUUGCCGCUACGCACAGGCAGAACAGGAUGGAACAAACCAGCGGGGGGAAGAAUAUCGACGGUGGCUAGACCAAAAUAGGAGUCCAGGGACUGGUCGGCAGGCUGCGUGAUGAUCCGCGGAUGUCCGAUGGGAUAGGGACAGUUUUUAUUCACCCACGGGUACAGGGAGGUCACAUCCACAUAGCGUAUUUCCUCGCCUUCUCCAAUCACAGCAUGCAGAGCGACGGCACCGGUUCGGCCUCCAAAGAAGGCUUCACGGGGUUCUAGGGGUGCCACCAAAUCGAAGGAAUUUAGGAAAUGUUGAACAGCUUCAUCCGUGUCCACUAGUCGGUCCCAUUCACAUUCCCACAUUUCGAUGACGGUAUAACCCGCUCGGAGCAAGGCCGUGCGUUUGGAGAGCGUGGCUUGAUAGAGUUCCUCUACAGUUCGAUCCGGCGUGGCAUAAUGUUUGGCGUUUCUCGCGGGAUAACAGCGGGGACAGCCAUGGUAGAGACAUCCGUGGAACUCAUAGAUGGUGCGAGUCACAGGAUCGUAGCCAUCGACGAAAUGACUGUCGACGCUGGUUCGGACCGAUUGUUCGCCGCCAUUACGAACGUGACGUAUGCGAUCAGCACUGGCCCCCUCUUUGGGAAGGAGAUGUUCUUGGUAAUAGAGCCAUUGGAGGGCUUUGAGGGAAUGGUUGACUUGGGCCCCUCGCCACCCUCCGAGAGGUUCCACUGCAAUGGUGUCGGGGGUCAAAUGAUGCUUGCGCCAAUACAAAUUGCAGGCACUGGCGAUGGUGAUGCACUUGGCCAUAGGAUUGAAGCCCGCCUGUUGUUCAAAUUCUUGUUGAAAGGCUUCACACCCAGCUUUCAAUAGAGCCACAUCGGAUUUGCAAUACUCAAUCAUUUCUUGUUGGAAAUGGAAGGGCACGUUCCGACGGACUUGAUCCGCAUGCCAACGAGUCAGUUCCUCUUUCUUUUUGGCCAUCAUGCCGUCGGGGUCGUAAAAUUCCAAAUCAGGGAUGCGACCCACAUACUGUUGGUGAUCGGGGAUGUUGAACAAAUGGGGAAAGAACCCCUUCUUUAAUUCGGUCAAAUUAAAGGUACUGGAAAAGGAAGCCAGCGGCAUAGGCAAGAAACACAACGAGUCGAUGAAUUUGAGGGGUCCACUUCUGAACGAUAAGACUUUGGCGCCCACGGUCAGUUGAUCCACGACCUCGCGUUGUUGCUGGUAGAGUUCAUGGAGAAUGAACAUACCAUCAAACCCUUUUAGAUUGUGAAACACCACGAGUAUCGUCCGCUCGCCCUCACAAUCUGGAACAUCCGUGAGAUCAUCCAAAUCGCGCAAAAAUUGGAGGGCACAGUCCUCCCCAUCCAGGACAUGAAUGGUGGUGUCGACACUCGACGAAUAACAUAACAAAUUAGCCACAAACACGCCUUCUGCAUUCUGCAUGGCUUCAAAAUCUGCGUAAACAAACAGGGGAGGGGGUGGCGCCACCAUGCUACCUCCCCCCUCCUCUGUCGGUUCAGUCUCCUCAUGCUCAUUCUUCACAGGCUGAAUGUAACAUUGAUGGUUUUGGAUGGACACCCAUUCCUGACACGCGGGGCAUUUGGCGUACCCGCACCGGUGACGUUGGUUACGGACGACUGUGUAUUGGGCUUGACACUUGAGACAGCAUUUGAUAGAUUGACAUUGCUUGCUGAUUUCAUGAUAACGUUUGCAUUGAUGGCCAUAAAACUUGCGGUAACACAGACAGCAAUACUCAGUGGGGCGGGUACCACGCACAUACUCCGGACAAUCAAAACGUCCACACGCAGAGCAACGUCUCCCUUGACAAGUAUGAUUGGUCCGAUCGUCGGUGUUGAACCCCCGUUCACAGUCCAGGCAAUAAUACGAACGAUUGACAAAGGCAGGAAAAGACGUGCAGCCAUCAAAAUGAUCAUUGGAUUUCAGUAAACGAAUCUGAUGAGGGGCGUCAGGGCCUUUGAAAAUCAAAAAGAACGGUUUCAUCCGGGUCAUCACCAAGAGUUGAUAGUGAGAGCCCAACGCUUGUUGAAACUGACGAAGCUCGGGGAUGCCACAGGGACCCUCCGCCACACCCGCUUGCUGAUGGAGAGCCUGGGCUUGACGUUGCUGCACAGGACGACCACGUUUGAGAUUCUCCCAGUCGCGAAACCCGUCCACGCCUUGAUCUUUAUGGCAAUAAGCACGCAUGGUGACAAUGGCGCGGGCGCAACAUAAAGUAUCUCUAUUUUUGAUGGUGACAAUGCAUCUCUUUUUCUGGUUGACCCGAUCCAGGCAUAAACGGCCGACAUUGCGUUGUUUAUGUCGACCAGACCCUGGGCCGGGCAUGGAGACAAACACCACAUCCACUUGGAACCCACGAUCGGGGUUGAAGGCUUCAUUGCUGUUCAACUUGCCAGCUAGGGUAGCUAACAUCUCAUCCAAACGAGCCGUACGUUGUAAAAAUUCUCCCACAGUAAAAUUGGCGGUUUGAUACGCGUGAGUGAACCCAUGCGCUGUAAUAGCAAAGUUCACAAAAUGAUGGGCAGGUCGUUGCUCGCGGUCAAGUUCUGUUUCAAUGGCUUGAUGCAAGGCUUCCGUGAGGGCCAUCCCAAUAUUAUCUCCAGGACCAGGAUCCCUCAAUUGACGCAAUUGCGCAUUGAAUUGUGCUCGUUCCACUACAUUCCGCCAGCGGCGUCGUCGACCAAUAGGUUGCAUCAUAAAUUGGAAGAGAGGGCCUCGAGCGGGAACGGCUCCGCCCAACUGUUCCCACCGGUCAUAAGCGCGGUUUAAUAGAGCUUCUUCUUCUUCAUCACUGUCAGGAUACCAGUGGUCCUCCGCCAUGACGGAGGAGGCAAUUUGAAUUUUCCCGCGCCGGACGCGGACUUUUAUAGACCUAAAAAACACGUGAUCAGAUGAACAGGGAUUGGUGGACUUGACUCAGGUGAGAGUCAGGUGAGGGUCAGGUGAGGGGUUGAAUAGACAGGAGGAGGAUUGAGGGGGGUGCCCCCCAUGGGUACAGAAUUUUCCAUUCUCCUCUGAGCCUGGACCGAGAGCGGUGAUUGGUGGAAAGAUGGCUAGAUAUAAGCCAACGUUCAGACCAGACGUCAGUUGCGUUCGAGACAUGCCGAAAGAUCCUGAGAAAGUGAAAGAGGCUAAACAUAGGUGGUACCUCAAGCAUAGAGAGAGGAUUGUGGCACAGAAACGGGAGAAGCGGGUGGCUCAGAAAAAACUCAAACCGCCCAAGCCACCCAAACCACCUCCGACCCAGGAACAGUUGGCCAGAGCCCGAGAGUUGAACCGGUUGGCCUGUAACCGAUACCGAGCCACACACGGAGAUCAAGUACGGGCACUCAACCGCAAGUACUACCAUCGACACCGCGAUAAGAUCGUCCAACAGCAACGGGACCGUCGUGCCCGAGCUCGAGAGACACCCCAUCCGUUUAGAAAAUUGCAAGCCUUGGCCGAUGAGUGCGCUGCCCGUUUACUGGUGAUUGAACAUGGAUACACCAGGAUCGCGCCAGCCCCCCAAACCCAGGAAAAAACGGGACCCUGUGAAAAACAAAGCGCAACAAAAAGCGUAUCGGCAACGUCUAUAUGCCAAACCCAACGGCAUAGAGGAUGUCAAGGCCCUUCACCGUCGCCGCUACCAUGAACGAAUGGCUCGGUUGAAAGUCAGUGGUGAGUACGAUGCCUUCAAAGCUAAAAAAUCCCAAGAGGGCAUGCAGCGCUACUACGGCAUGAGCAAGGAACAGCGGGAGGAGGUCAAGCGUAAAAACGCCCAAUGUCAGAAAAACUGGCGGGAGAAAAUGAAAGAGCGAGGGACCUACCAGGCUUAUCUGCAACGGACCAAUGCCCAUCGACGAGAGCAGGCCGCCCAGAAAAGAAAAGAGUUGGGCGAGGAAGGGUGGAAAGCGUUGCAGAAAGAACGGUACAACAAGCGAAUGGAAGCCAUUCGACGUCGAGAAUGGUCCUGGUUGGACGAGGCAUUAGAGCGUCCCUUUCCCCUCCCGUGGUUGCCAUUGGACUUGCCCCUAAGUGUACCUAAUGAGGACAGUGUGCAUACCCUUCGUGCAGAGGCUUUACAAAAAAUAGACUCGUGCUUGUAAGAACAAACGUUUAAUUAAAUCAUGUGUAUUGUGCUAUUGAACAUGGUGUCUUGUUUUUUUUAUGACUAAAGGGGGUUUACAUGCCGAAUCGAAGUUUAGCUUUCAUAAUGCGUCUCACAAUACGCUCUGUUAAAUUUUUACUACCGGGGAGUUGAUCAAUCUUGGCAAUCAUCUUGCGAUCCGCUGCCCAUUUGUCUUUCAACGUCUUGGCUUUAUCAUAAUCCAUGUCAUGGGCUUUGGCAAUCCUGUCCAACCGGUUGAUACCGGGAUCCCCACGGGCCAAUCGUUUUUUCAAAUGAGUGCCAGGACCCAUGUACUGAUAACCAGGCCAAUGAAAUUCAAUGCCGGUCUUGUUAAGGAGGUUCUGUACAUCAAAUAACUUGCCGCCCCGUUGCGACCGUCGUCGUCGCUUGGCUCGGGAACGGGAGGCCGCAGCACGGCGUUUGCGUCCCAUUAUUUAGGGGGUUUUCCACGAUUUCCAAUCCAGUGCUUUCUUGGCCCAACCAGCGGCUUUCUUUUUGGCGAUACUCGUAGCUCUCUUUUUGGCCGCUUCUUUGGCUUUUUGUCUGAUUUUGCGCUUGACGGCUAAGGAGGGGGUGUCCCAAGGUGUCGGGCCCACGUCCUCUGAAAAGGGCAAUUCUUUGGCCAACUCCGCACUGGUCGAUGGGGUGGUAAACUUGAGUUUCUUUUUGGCACUAGGGGUGAACUUUGGCUUGGGCGGGACAAGCGGUUUUCUGGGUCCACCAGUGGGGGUGCCUUGUUUUAUACCCUGGGUGGCCUUGACCAAUUGCGUAAACCAGGCUUGCAUGGGACCCGCUUCAAAAUCAUCGUCACCCGGCGUCGUGGCCCCGGCAGCAGUCACACCCCCAGCAGCGGCUCCAAAGGGUUGGCGCACUUUUUUGGUCCAAUGGCGUAAUUGACGGCUGACGGCUUUGAGUUGAGGCCGUUUCCAAGCAUCAGGGACAUCACUGGUCAGAAGGACAUGUUGUUUGGCCGCUAAAUCGGCGGCUUUGGUCAAGCGGGUGUCUUCCACCAAUUCUUGUUUGUACUGGUCUCGUAAUUGUAAAAAAGCCGGGGCGUUGUUUACCGUGGUGCUGACCAUCUCGGGUUCCAUGGUGCAACUGAGGGGUCUGGUCUAGCGCAUGCAACGUUUAUAACAUCGGUAGAGUUCCGGCCAAAGGGCACCCCCUUUUUGAGCCAUCAUGAUGGCGCGUCGUCGUUUGACGGAAUGAGCGGGUUUAGCCAUGGCGCGUAAACUCUGAGCGUGAGGUUUGAGCAACGUAAUGGUCUGUCGGGAACGGGGCACUGUACCACGGAGGGUGUUCAUCACCAAUUCACUGACCGCAUUGAUCUGAUCCGCAUUGGCCAUCCGCAACAAUUCUUGUCGUUUGUGUUGAUUGGCUUCUCGUAAGACACUUUUUAAGAACGGGGCUUGACGUUCCAUGCGCCACCCCAUGAUGAAUCUUGAGUUCAGGCAAGGACCAAGGUCUAUUUAUGGUAAAAAUGGCACCACACCGACCACACAAUUCACCAUGAUAAUGCGAUUGCAUGUGAUGUCGACACCGGGCACACAAAGCGGCGUCAUAUUGGUCAUCCCAAUCUAACGCAAACGUGACGGCUUUGCGUUUUGGGCGUCGUUUAGUCUGGGCGUCGUAGUCGGAUUCUGGGUUUGAAUUUCCGGAGAUACAAAGGCGAGAGAGCCAUUGCCAACAGCGGGAGUUUAGCACCGCGUUGGCGUCCACGUCGGCGGCGUCGUAUUCGAGGGACAUAACGAUGUCGACGACCGUUGGGGCCACGGACCAUUGUUCAAUUAACUCUUGUCCAAACCCACGAAGGUCUUUUUAUACAUUUUUACAUGAUGGAACAAUUGAACGAUUCCCCCGCAUAUUUUUUCCGUUUGCCGGAAGCCACUUCCCGUCGACGUUUUUCACCAAUUUUGAUGGCACGCUUGGUUUGAUGCUCCCCGAUGGCUUUGGUACCGGCAUAACCGGCUUUGAAAAUGCCUAUAGGCAGGCUGGCCGCAACACCCCCCACUUGACUCACACGCCGUCGUCGUUUAGUGCGUUUGCGUUUCCGUCUAGGUCUCAUGACAACUCGUUUGGAGAGCGGAACACUUUGAGCCUCUUUUUUAUACAUUUUCACAUCAAACUGCAUCCACCCACUUUUUUGGCAUACCCCUUCUUGACCAACCACUUGUUGUACGAGUCCUUGCUGCCACUAGCGCGAUACUGGCGUUUAUAAUUGGCCACCCGUUGUUUGUCGGCCUUGACGUCGGCUUUGGAAGGAAUCUUCCACAUAGCUGGGUUUGUCAACAACUUGAAGCCUUUCUUGACAUCCACAACAAACGGCGCCUUUCCACCCUUGAUCCUACGUCGACGUGGUCGUCGUCGUGUCGUCCUGCGUUGGCGUUUGCGUCCCAUCGCGUAUCGACAACGGCCACACAUUUUUUUUGGACAGGGGAAGAAAGGUCCCUGUUUUUAUAUACUACGACCUCGUCCACGGGCUCGGCCCCGUCCGCGUGCUCGGCCACGGCCCCGUCCUCGGCGUGGUGGUCUGGGUGGACUUGGGCUGGAGGUUCGGGUGGAGGUGCGGCGCACCGAGGGACGACCCCCCUCUUCAUACACGGUGGUCACCGUAUUAGUGUGCGUGAUGUUGCGAAUCCGUCGACCUCGUGCCCGUUCUUGAGCAUCUUCAUUCAGCAAAUCCAACCGUCGCCUUAAGCCUCGCCGUCGAUCGUCAUCAUCAUCAUCGCCAUCCUCGUCAUCGGACGGAGGGGACGAACCUGGGGACGGUGGGGAGGGCACCCUGGGGCGCCGUCGCGGUUGUUUGGCAGCCACGGUGGGGCGUCCCGUGGGGGUCGUUGUCGUCGAGGUGGUGGUCCUGGUUCCUGCCCCGACACUGCGGCGGGAGGUGGAGGGGCGGGCAGGGGCGGUGGUGGUCGUAGCCGUGGUGGUAGGGCGUGUUCGGGUGGACGUGACGGGUCGUGGUCGGCUGGUGGUGGUGGUGGUGGUCGUGGGGCGGGUUGGGGCUGCCGUGGUGGUGGCAGUGGUGACGGGGGCUGUACCAGUGCCUGCCACGGGCGGGAGUGUGAAGGCAUUCAAGGCAUCAUCUACAUUGACCGGGUAAGUCAAAUUGAACUCGUCAAUGUCUUGCUGCAAUUGGGUACGAUCCACGGGUCGAGACAAUUCGGUCACCAUGUCCGUCAUGCUGCUGAGAUCUCGGAGGACCGAGGGGGAACCUACCCCCGCGGGCGUGUGGGCGUCCAUGCGAGCGGCUAACUCAGUAUGUUGUCCGCCUUCUCUUUGCCGCCGUUGACGUUCGCGUUCUCGUAGCAGCGCGUUUUCGAUCGGCAGGGACAUCCGCCCGCAAGGUGUGGACUUGGGCUUUGCCUUCUCGGGGCGUUAAAUGACUCCACAAACGGUAGCGAUCAUCCGAGGCUGGAUGCACAUCCAACAUUAAAUAGCCAAAGGGGCGGGCCGUGAUGCGUUUAAAUAGGCGCAAGACUUGACGCCACCGAUCCGGAAAGGCUUGCAAUAAAAUCGUCCGUAUCCCUGUUUGAUCCCGAGGGUUUUUGAAGGCCACAAUGUAAUGCGCGUUGCGAUUGAUGGUCUUGGAAAAUUUACCCGGCGGGAAUAAAUCUUGCGUCAAAUACAACACCGUAAUGUUACGAUGAUGCGAAUCUUUGGUGAACAAAUCCAACACGCGCUUGUCUUGUCCCCCUUCUUCCAUCAGGUCGUCCAAGACCAACACCCCGCCGCGCGUCCGACCAAACCAUUGCGUCAAAUGACGAGGGUCCGGUAACCCGCGAUAAAAUUGAAUCCCAUCCUUUUUUUGCAUACGCUCGAAUCGGGGUUGCCAACGAUCAUAGGCAUACACAAUCUUACGGGGUUUGGCUUGAAACACGUUGAGGUACCGUAACCAUUGUUCCACCAAAUCCGUUUUGCCACUGCCCGACGGGCCUGCGAUAAUCACACUACUGGGUUGACGGAUCAUGAUUCCCACGGACGAGGGUGACGUCGAUAAUGACCCGUGGCUCCUUUAGCACCCAUGCGUUUAUACCGUUUGUCGCGUCCCAAUUUAUCCCCGAUUUUAUAGGCUUUGGCCAACACGCUCAUGAUGCCUCGUCCGUUUUGGCGAAAACGGGGUCGUCGGGUGCCCUGUCGUCGUCGCCGUCGUCUGCGGUGGGGCAUGCUGUCCAAUACUCGCGAUACACACGUGGCGAUUCAGACUGGAUCAGACCUUCCAUGGUUUCUCUUAAAUACGUUUCGCUCAUGCUAUCCAUAUACUGUUUGAGGGACACCCAAUCUUGGUCUUGGGCCAAUUGUCGGGCCAUGAGCCAAUGAUACCCAUCCCAGGCAUCAAUGCCUUGCACUGUGUUGACCCGUUCGAUGGGGUGUUCCCACCAAUACAAGGUUUCUUCGAGAAUGAACGCAUCCACAAUACGCUGGACAUCGCUUCGCGUAAUCAUCAUGAGAGACAAAUGACCACUCAUGGACCACACAUUUCGUUUUAUGGGUUUUUUAUUCAACACUCACAAUGAUUACAAGUGAUAAAGGCCUGGCGGCUCACAUUCUUUUGCCCCCCAUCCCGUCGGGCAUCCACUUCAUCUUGUAAUUCCCGUUUGAUCACUCGUUUCAACUGCUCGGCCACUUUUUGAUCAUUCAACACUAAAUUGUCGCAACUCCAUUGACUUAAAAAUUCUUGAUAGGACCGUCCUUGUGCCCGGGCUUUCAAGAAAAAUAACGCAUAAUGGCCACAGGUUUGACUAUCCAGGGCUUGCAGGGUCUGGUCACUGCGCGUCAGGUACUUCCAUUGACCCCACCAUUGGUGCAACUCCGGGGUGGUGUAUACGUGCAGGGGUAGACCAUAACUGUCAAAGAUCUCGCACUGGUUCUUUUCGGUCCACAGGCCCAACCAAUGCUGGCCCGGUUCUCCCGCGGGGUCCGUGUUGACAAUGUAGGCUUGACGGAUCUCCUUGGCGGGGGAUCGGGGGAGUUGGUCGGCGGGAUGCACCCCAUGAAACACGCGUCGUAAUGCGGGGUCUUCCAAGGCCAGGGUCCGCAACACAGCAUCACUGAGUGCCACAAACUCCAUGCUCGGUGUCUUUUUGACUUCUGAUUUCUCAGCCGUUGAUGUUGUACUUUAUACCUCCCAGAUGGUUGAUCUCAUACAUGUUUUCAUACUCGCUCCAUACCAAGACGGUGACGUUGUGUCCCACAGCCGCAGCAAAAUCAAUGAUCAAUCGCGUAUUGCCCGAUUGACGGGGGUUGCGAUAUUCAGGGUCAUCGGCUUUUUGACUAGGCACAUUGUUGAACAUGAACAAGGUACAAUUCUUGCCUUGUCCCCAAUCACCGGGCAGCAGCAUGGGAAUCUUGUGUUCAUUGUAGGCACCCAUGGCUUGUAGAAAUCGAUCGUAGCCCAGCAAAUCUUCAUAGGCUUGGUCUCCUGUCAAUUGCAGGGUUCUGUAAGGGUAUUCUUCUCCAUUCAAGGUCUGUCGUACUUGGGUGACACCAAACUUUUGAAAGGCAAAAGGGUAUCUUUCUAGGUCUCCAUUGAAGGCAUCCGAAUGCAAUAAUCCGACAAUCACUCGAUCAGGAAAUCGUCCCACAAACACAUUGUCUUGUUCCCAUUGGGUGGUGCGUCCAUCAAAGGAAAAGGUGCGAAUUUCACUCCGCACCACAGGGUAGCGGGCAAUCUGUUUGUUCAGUUGUCUUUCUUUUUGCAGUCUGACAUAGACAGCAGCAUUCAGGGUCACUUUUCUCAUCAACAAGGUGACUUUGAUGUCAUCAUUGUGGAUGGCUGGAAUUUUCUUGGUAUUCAAGGUGCCUUUGUUGGGGGAGCCCAUCAAGUAGAUGGUCUUGGGGUUGAGGAACAGUUCAAAGUCCAACUGGAUAUUGGGGACCAACAAUUUGCCUGUAUGGAGGGUGGGCAAAUGGGGACGCACGAUGAAGGUGUGCCAAUUUUGACUCAGUAACUUGCUGGUCAGGGUUCGCAAGUCUGCAUUGCCACUCCAAUUGGCAGCCACAGGGACAUCGGAAUUGGCGGCGGUGGCUCCUAUUUCUUCUGCUACAUUCAGCUGAUUGACCCAUCCUUGGGCAGCUAGCUUGGUGGCUCCUUCUUCUCGGUUGUAAUUCAGCAGGGUUUCUAUGUAGGCUCGGUAAUGGUAAGUGUUGCUCUGUUCGGUCACAAGGACGCCAUUCAUGCUCAUGGUAAUGUCUCGAAAGAUGGAUUGCCCAAAAUUGUUGACGCAGUAGACAUGUCUGGUUUCGUUGGCAUCGGAAAUGAGUAGACCCGCAUGCAGUCCUGUAUAGUCAGCGGCUGGAUCGGUCAAGCGCACUUUGACUUUGAAGCGGAGAGAAUUGAGAUCGUAAUAAUCGUCCGAGCCAGGAAUGGAGAAAGUGAUGGGCUGGAUGCCUGUCAAAGCGGGUUGAAACUCCACCUCCCGCGAGGCUUCGUACCGAUAAUCCACAUCGGGCACGUCAAACAGUUCGAGCGACAUGGUGCGAUCUGUCCACGAGGUUCAACGACGUCCUCUUUUUAUACCUUUUCGUAGUCUGUGCCAAUCAUGGAUGGGAUGUGCGGCGGGAAAGGGGCGGUGCGGAAAAUCGAUUUGAAUGCGUUUUUUCAAUCGGCUAAAGACGUUGCCUCCUUUCUGUUUCUUUUUCUGUUUCCGGGCUUUGGCUUGAUUGGCCCACAACACUGUUCGGAGAUCCCCCUUGCCCAACGCCCCAAGAAUCUUACCCCCUUUCAUGCGGCGCAGGGCCUGUUCCACUCUCCAUCGAGCAGGAUUGAUGCCAUCGGCGGCUGUGGGGAACCCCAAAGGAUUUUGGCGCCUACGAGUGAACUUGCCAAAAAUCGUGCCCCCUUUCAUCCUGCGCUGUAGGUAACGAUCCAAUUGGCGGGAGGAUGUGUGCAUCAGCGGAUAACGCGCUGUCGUCGACUUGCCAAAGAUCGUGCCUCCCACUUGAUACGGUGAAAUAAACCGUCCACGGGCCCGUUGCCGUCGAACGCGAUUUUGCGAUUUGAGAAAACCUCCUACACGUACCAUUGUUUUCACAGUCCAAAGAUGUCCCGUACACGUUGCGUGGCUCUUUUAUAGGUAUUUUGAGCGGUCCGUUUCACCUUGUGUUUGCCCGCCGUCCAAGCCAUGGCGGGGGCUUUGCGUUUCAAGCCGCGGCUGAGUUGGGCACUUCGAUCCGCCCAGGUGGCUGCAGCACUUUUGCCACGUUGAAUAUCUUGCAGUCCCGCUUGAGCUUGUUGCACGAUCAAGGGUCCCGCCAGUUUGAUCAAGUCUUCGGCCAACCCUUUGCCCUCUUGCUUGGUGAGCACGGGCGUGUGGUACCGCGUUAAACUGCCUCCGCGCAUCUUGAGUCAAGUGUUCUUUUUGAACGGGUGUGGUUUGGCUUUUUAUAGUUGUUUGAGACCAAUGGUCACCAGGGUUUUGCCGGGGGGUAAAGGGGCCAAGGGUCCACUGGUACUGGCAAUCUCCACUUCCAAGAUGUCUAGUUGAUUUCCUCGGAGUUUGAUCCAUUGGUGGUGCAGGGGUUCGGCCGUACUUUCCCCAUCGCCGGUUCUCAACAAUUGCACUUCUCGUAACAGGGGAUACUUGCCACUGCCCACCACCGUGGAUUCCACCAGAUCUGAAUAGACCAUGACGGUCCGUCGGCGGGUUCCCACAAUCUUUUCAAACGAGGCAUCCAGGUUAUUCAACUGCCAUUCAAACGCCUGGUGCAAUCUCAUCCAUUUCACAUUGUCUUUGGUCACGAUGAAAAAAGCUCGGCUGGUAUAGUUGACCCCCUCGUACACCUCCCCUUCCCAAUCGUAAUAGGCUCGAUAUCGACUCCCGGCGGGACCCGUGGUCUCAUCGUACGUCUUGACGGGGAGAGAAUAUUGCAGAUUUGGCCCUAUCACAUAAUCGCUCUGGCUGCUUCCAGUCUUGCCCGUCUUGAGGCGCAGCAAUCCAAACUUGAAUGCAAUGUCCACAUUGAUGUAAAACUCCACCAUGUUGAUUUGGCGAUUGUUCAACAACUGCUUUUUAGGAAUCGCUUCAAUCACCAGAGACUCAUCUUUCCAAGUCAUUCGGGGCAUGCCGUGUUUAUUGACAAACACAAUCGGUUUUCGGUCGCUAUUCUUAAUCAGUUCGUUCCAUUGAUCUUUCAUCGCCGUGUACAUGAUGAAGUUAUGCAUUUGUUGCGCCACGCGUUGCCAAAACUGUCUCCCCGUCGCCACGAUUUGAGUGGGAUUCAUGACAUCUUCCAAUUCAAUCAUACCGGUCACCGUGGGGGAACUCACGCUCAAAUACCCUGAGGUCGAUGGGUUACCCGUGUUUGUCCACAGACGCACCGAUUGUGGAUACUCGUAUCGGACCACUUUGGUAUGCGGAUCCGCGGCAAUGAUGGCAUUGCUCUGGCCUUGAUCCGGGACGGUCAGGGACAUGAGCGAGGCAUGCCAGCCUGUGCCUAGUAAGUCCAGGCGUUCGGGCAGACGGACCUUGAAACUGUUGUUGGCAUUGUUGGGAAACUCGUCGGUCGGAUCGCUGAUGAGCGUCAAACGUUUAAUCUCACUCAUGUUGAGGAUGAAGAUAAGGCACGUUCCCCAGGGUGCAGGGUCCUUUUUAUAGCCACGUUGCCACUUUCUGUUUACUGCGAGGGACACGUCCCACCACUGAAUUGAAGGUCGAUUGUUUAGGAUGAAAACAUACUUGCUGGGCAAUGUUGGGAAAAGCCCGGGCCAGUUCCAUCAGGGUCAUGCAGGUCUUGGGUUUAGGGGGUUUCUUCUUGCGCAUGGGUGGAUGACGACCAGCGCGUCGACGUUUUUUCUUGGGUGGGGAUCGUAGAGCCCCUCGUUGCUUGGCAUACUCCUCAGCUCGAUGGUAGGCAUUGGCGUAGGCCCAUUGCUGUUUGGUAGGACUGGCCAACUUGUCCCACCACGGUUGGGUUUGCCGUUGUUCGGCGGCUUUCUUCUGGAUGAAUUUCAAGACGUUGGCGUCACUGGUGGGCGAGGGCGUGUAACUAGCUCGCGGUCGACUGGAAUCUGCCAGGACUUCAUCGAGAAACCGCACCCGCUUUUUUCUUUUUCGAGGCGUUAUUUUGACGCGGACCAUGUUGCGCGGGAAUCCAACUAUCGUACUUGGCCGGCCACCCUUUCCACCGGACCAAGACUUGACGUCCUUUGCGUUUCAAGACUUUUUCGAUUCGAAACAACGAGUCGUCCGAGACUUGGACUUUUUGCACAUCGGGUUCAUAAAACGUGCCUUUUAUAGGCGUGCCGUCCCAUUCACUGAGUCGAUAAGUGACCACGGGAUGACGACGCACAUGCGUGACUACAAACACUUCUUCUGUCCAGCCUGGCAAAUACCCUUUUUUAAAGGGACGAUGUUUCUUGUUGAGACGUACCCGAUCGCCCACUUGACAUUUGGGUGGGGGGAUCUUGGGCUUCAAUCGGGCUCCAUAGAGUCGAUCCCAUACCUCGGACUCGUUUCGAAAGGUGACUUGAUGCGGGGCCAUCCCAAUACUGCGAUGAUACGUGUGAUUGUACGUAUGAAUCAAGGGUUGCAAGACGUCCACGUACCGUAACGUAUUGUGCGCGGUGAAAUACCGGUACAUGCGUUGUUUCAAGGUACGAUGCCAUCGUUCCACCACCGAGGCCUUGCUAUCCCCAUAGGUGUAAAAAUGAUGCCAUCCAUGUUUCUUGAACCAGGCUUGGACCUGGCGAUUCAAAAAUUCUUGGCCUUGAUCCGUCUGCACACGGAGGGGUCGUCGUGGUGAGGCGCGUCGGCGUAUCGUUUCCAACCCUUUGAUCAUGUUGGCGGCACUCUUGGAUUUGAUGGGGACGGCCCAGGCAUACUUGGACAGGACGUCGAUGACCGUCAACAAAUAUUUGUUCCCCUGAUUCCACCGACUGAGUUUUUGCAUGUCCACUAAAUCCAUCUGCCAUUGUUCGUCUCGGCCAAAGACCAACGUGGGCGUGGUGGGAAAUCGGGUCCGUCGGGGUUUGUGGAGCGUAUAGCUCAACACGGAUUGAAGAAUCUGUUGCGCUUGCGGGGUUUUCAAUGUAUGGGCUCGGGCAAAGGGUUGGACCCCACCCAAGGCCCCCGGUGCUUGGGGAUCUUCGUAAGCGCGUGGCAACGACAUCAAGACACUGACACAGGAUUCGAGUCCAAGUCUGUCUUUUAAUAGUUUUUUUCACCUACAUGAAUUUUCAAAACAAACACGAACUGCCAAAGUUCUUAUGCAAAUGGCGCCUUCGCUCAAAGUCUCGCUCCUGGGCUUGGACAGACUCGCCAAAUUGUUUCAACCACGGAUCAUACUUUAGCUUGUCUAUCUCGGGGUUUGGCCUCUCACCAUAACGCAUCUCUACAGCGUGCAGGCCCCAGGGUCUCUCUUUUUCUGGACCUUUCAUAAGAGGGACAGGACAAUCCCUGACCCAUCGUCUCAAGGUCGGUUGUGCUUGUUCACGGGGGCACCAUAAGGGACCAUGGAGCCAUUGAAAGUAGCCACAGGGGUCUCUCCCAGGGACAAAGCUUCCACAACUGAAAAACACUUUGUUACGAUUUUUGGCCGUGCGACUCAAUUUCAUCUUGGGAACCAACUCACACUUGCACUUGAGCUCUCCAUGUUUCACUCGGGCAUGGACUUGAGGAUGCGUGUCGUUUUUUAAAGCCUCCAUCAUUAUUUCUCGCGUGUCUUCAAACAAAUAGACUGGACACCCUGGUUGGGGACACUUGAAUCUCAGGGAACCAAAUCUGGCUUGGGGGUUGACACAUUGAAUGAAUUGAUGGGGAUGAAACGGGCACACUUCAUACAGGAGUUGGUUGAACUGGGUAUCCAUCUGGUCUAUGUCCUGGAUGUCCCAUUCUCCCACUUCGGUGGCUGGAUCUGAAUGAAACGUCCCUUCUGCUACACAUUCUUCUUUAUAGUCUUUCAGGGUGCCCUCCAUCAAUGCGUUCACGGAUUGAUCGGUGGGAGAGGGUGUGGGCAGUGGGUCCGCCGCUUUAGGCAAGGCAUCGAGCGCGAUCACCAGUUCACUGGUAGGGGGUUGUUUGGCUUUCAUCUCUGCGAGUUCUGCUCGGGAAAACCCGAGCUCAGCCAUCUCCUGAUCAUGAUCCGCUUUCAUCUGGGCAGCUCGCGCUUGGGCUUUCUCCUCCUCUUGUUUUUGUUGUUUCUUACUGACGCGACGUCGUUUGCGUCCCGAAGGCACGGCGGCAGGUUGAGUGGCUUGACGAUUCAUCUGGACGAAUGAGUUCCAGGGAGCGUCUACUCGGUCUUUUAUAGCCCCUCCUCCUGCCUCAUGUGAUGUCCCUCGUGAUGCUCAUACGAUCUUUUUUCCACCAAUCCGGACUCGUCCUGGGAUCUCGUGAGGGUGGUGUGAUGUGGGUCUCUACCAAUCAGCGACCACUCUAGUGGUUAUAAAACCCGCGAGGCAUCCAACACCCCUCUCAUUCAUUGCAGUCAAGCCAACACAGUAAGUAUGACGCUCCAUCAAGUGGGUCUUUUGGUGUACAGUCAGGGGUUUGCCCUUUCCCGAGACGAAUACAUUAUUCGCGAACUGGCGUUUUGUGAUCGGACGGGGCAUCAUCAUGGCUUGAUCAAAUAUUUGUUACCCGAAGGCAUGUCGUAUCAUCAAUUAUCCGAAAAAGCCCGAACCCGUGUCGAUCGUCAAACCCAGACCGUGCAUGGUUUGCCGUUUGACCCCUUUGUGCCCGUUCAUAACGGCCAACACUUUCAUCCCUACCAUCAGCUCCACGACGAUAUCGCCGAUUGGUGUCAACAGCAUCUCACCCCCCAACGAAAUCGAAUCGGGGUCCACACGCUCAACGGACUGGCUACACUGUUCCAAGAGCCCCAGCAUGCGUACUCCUUUGUGGUCUUGGAAAAGCAGGGGUGUGGGGAUUUGGCCAAUCUUCCUAUUGCCACAGCCAAUGUCAUGGCUCAUAACAAUCAUGGUCACAAUUGGUGUAUGGAUCAUUCCCACCAGGCCCGUGGGAGCGGCGUCUGGCACGAUCAUUGUGCCCAUGUGAGAGUUUGUCAAAUGAGUGGAUGGCUCCGUCGCCAGACAAAUGUCUUACCCACCCUCUCGCAAAUCAAUGCCCAACGUGUACUGUGGCAAAAACGAUGUGAUCGAUUAUUGGACCAUGUGUUAUGUAACUAUUGUACCGAGGAAAAAGACAAGGCGUUUGCCAAUGGGCAAGGCCUGGAUUGGAUCCCGGAUAAUUGUCGUGAUUGUCGUAGCGUCUUGCAUGUCUUUGAACAAACCGUGACUCGCCAGGAAUGGGAUGUCCCCCUACUGUACGCCGAUGAUGAACCGCACACCAUGUGGGCUUGGACUCCCAUCCCUCAUCCUAAACACUGACGUUUUUUUUUUUUUUUUCAGACCAUGCUCAUUUACACAGGCGGUGCUAAAGGGGUGGACACGCAUGUGGAACGAUUAUGUCACUUGUAUGGUCAUACCUGUGUGGUCUUUAUUCCACCCUGUCACCCUCGAUCCAAGGCCCUCGCGCCUUUGACCCAGUCCCAGUUGGAUGCGGCCACGCCGACCGUCACCCAAGUGGCAUUUCGAUUGGGUCGACAACUUCAUCAUCCCAUCAGCCUCCAGUACAUUCAACGCAAUUAUUACGUGAUUCACCCCGCCUCCCUGGUCUUGGCCUUGGGCCAUUUUGACGAACUCGGCAAGCAUCUGUUGGGGGGCACAGGAUGGGGUGUGGUCAUGGCCCAGCUUUUAGGCAAACCCCUCUAUGUCUUUGAUGCGGAUAAAGAACAAUGGUUUUGGUGGAAUCCCACCUCCCAAGAAUAUCAAGUCUGUGACAGCAUGAUGGAGGAACAAAUCGCCUUACCCACCCUUCAAGAUAAAACGGCCAUUAUCGGUACCCGAGAAGAAGACCCAGUCCUCUAUCCCACCCUAGAAGCUUUAUUUAAACGUCAAUGAACACAAAAACACUUGUUUCAAUCUCAAUGUAUAUCAACUACAAUAAAAUUCAUAGUGGACAUGACAUUAUAAAUCAAAUCGAGUCUCUGCAUGACUUUGUCCAGCGUAUUGUAGGCACGCUUUCUCCGGCCAAUCAUCACGGGGUACUGACCCACGGUACAUUUCUGAAGCUGCUUCUUGAACCGGUCAAUGAUAAACGCGAUCCCCUCAUUCAUCACCUUGUCCAGAUCGGGAGGGACCCGUGCCAUCUCCACCAUCAUGCCAAUCUACAAAAACCAGACAAAAAGUUGUUUCAGCAUCCAGGUCAUGAAAAAAGAAUACCACUUCAAAACAAAUUCACUCACCGACAAUCGGUGAUCGAAUAUACGGUGGCAAUGGUGGCAACCAUUUUUUCGAGGGGUGCGCAACCGCAACACCACUUGAUUCCACCACCGACCUUCGCCCAGGUGUUGGGGAAACCCUGUCAUGUCGCAUUUGGGCAACCCUUUCAACUCCUGUACCACCUUCUUGCGUUUGUCCAUGGUGUAAAAACACUUCACCCAAAACAUAAUCUUGAUUUGCACUUCUAGGGGCAACACGCGGCCAAACGGUUUAUUUCUGGGGUCGACUAACCCUCGGCAGUCCAUGUUGAAAACAGCGUCAAGCAUGGAAUGAGGUCUCUCUGCCCUGUUUCCUUUAUUCAUGGGUUUCUGGGGCCAAUCGCCUACUCGCGCCAGGACUUGGCAUCCACCCUAAAAAGGUGUACCCAUGGGGGGCACCCCCUAGAGUUUCCUCUCCUGGUCAAAUUCUCCCACAUGAUCUCUCUCCACCAAUCAGCGCCUCCCAUCAAGUCUCUAAAUCCCGUUGCGCGCUCUAUGCGAGCUCAUUCCAGUUUGAUCCGUCAAGCCAGUCAAGAUGGUGAGUUCGCUCCAGUCAAUUGUGCUGUUCUCUGUCCCGAUCGCGGUUCUCUUUGAUAUGUUGAAGUUGUUGUGCCACCUCCCGAUGGGCCACGAAUGCCUGCGCGCCAUGUUCCGCAGAUGUACCCACGAAGAGUUACGUGCCUGGGCCCGAACGUUGCCGUGGGACCACCCGAUCGCCAGAAAGCUGGAUCACGAGGUCCAUCGCCGCCGUAUGGCUGGUGAGUGUCAUCGCUUUUUAUUUUUGGGGUGUGGGACCCUUUUUUUCCUUAUACCUUUUUUGAAUUUUUUCAUAGAGGUAUUCAAGGGGUUUGAGUUUCUGCGGACCGUACUGUGGCCAAUCCAUCUAUGUCUUUGCCCUCGACGUGCCCGACUCAAUUGGGCCGCGCGGUUCUGGGUUCCAGCCUGUUCGUGUUGAUUUUCAUUUUUUCGUCAGAUUCUUGGGAGUAUGUGGAGAAUCAGCCUGUGUGUCAUAUCUAUCAAUGGGUGGCUCAUCCCACCCCUAGCGGGGUCUGUAACCAUUGCGAGCGGAUGAUGGAUGGAUUCAGACUUGAUGACAUGAUUGCAGGCCUCAGGGUGGGGACCCUCACCGAAGAUGAAAUAGUCGAGUAUGUUCAGAGUGGGGACCCUAACCAUCGCGAAUGGGACGACUUUCCUUUGCGCAUGACGUUUCGCAUCAAUUCGUUUUUACGGUCCCAGGGUAAUGUGGGUGAACCGGAUUUGGCGGCCCUGGAUUUUUUUUAGAGGAUUAAUUUUUGUAUUAACUAUUUUUUAGGCACGCAUUGCCUGUUACGUCAUCAUUUGCAUUGGAUUCCGAGUGUGCGCUCUUUACGCUCUAAUUUUUUCCGAAUUUUGCAUCGUUCAUUGUAGGCUUUCAUUACACGUUAAACCAGUAUGGAGAUUGGGUACGACCUAUUCAAUUACGUUGUCAGUAUAGCACGGUCCGAUGUGUCAUCCAACUUCAUGAAACGUUUAGUCACGUUAACAGAGUAUGGGGGAUGGAUACAUCCCGUUCAAAUGUGUAAUCCGUCUUCAUAAAACGUUUCAGAUGUGAUUUCUGUGAUUGGCCUUUAUGGUUUUCAGAUGUGAUUUCCGCUAUAGAAGAAUGGGGGUGGAUCCUUUCCUUGCAACACCAUUACCAUAUUCAUAGUGUUCGACAAUUCACUCAGUUUUGUGAUGGUACUGCUUUUUAGAUACCCGUAGACACCUCAAAAGCGGUCGCUGGUUCCGAGAUUGUGUGGCUUUUUUACUUGGACGAGAUACCAAAGACAUUUAUUAUUAUUGAAUUUUUUUAGAAACACAUAGUCAUAUCUACAACAGUUGCUGGUUCCGAGACCGUCUUGCUUUCUUACUCAUAAAGACCGAGUAUUAAUUUUUUUUUCGUAGAUUCGCACACUAUUCUCAGCACCCACAGGGUUCAUGGUACUUCCGCGGCCUGGUGUUUUUGUGGUAGUAUCGUACAAUGGUACACUGGAACAGGGGUUGCCCUUCCACCUUAUCCAAGACCCCUCAAAUUACUCUGUUGUCGUUGUUUUUUAAAUUUUCGUCGUGUGCGCGAUUUAGAUGUGCCCUGUUAUUGGUGUGAGAUGAUGCAAGGGAUGGGCUAUCCACCCCGUGAUUAACACCCAUCCGUUGUUUUUUUUUGUUUCAGACACUCGUUUUGUCAUACGAGCCAUUUAUAUCCCUUGCCUUUUUCAGCCACUGCCCAGAUAAUAGAGAAUCACACCAGAUAUUACCAUGCUUAUCUGAUGAAGCAGUUGUAUUUUGUGUGCAAACGCUGUUGGACGUAUUCACGUCACGUGAACACCCUCCAUGAACCCUGUUGGGGAUGUCAUAUUUUAGAAAGCACAGGAUGGGAUUUCUGAACACCCGGCAGGGGGAGGUCUGCAUGGUGGCGCCACCCCUGCUGGAUGUUCAUUCUCAUUUUUUUUUCAUUUAGAUUCUCAUCGGAUGCUAGAUGAUGAGAUCCUUAAAAUCCUUAUAGACUUUGAUUCGUCUAUCCUCAAAGAAGGACCCACGCGUUCAAAUCAUUCUUUUUUUCAUUAGAAUCCCAUUGGAUCAUUGACUUUGCUAUGAUUUUUCGAGGAUGGCCCAUCCCUCAUCAACUUUCUAUCGUUCUUCAUUAGAUUCUCAUUGGCUCAUUCAAGAUCUUAUGAUUUUUCGAAGCUGGCCUAUCCCUCACAAACUUUGCAUUGUCAAUCAUCAAGGAUGGUCUAGUUUUCUCCAUUUAUUCAAACUCAGACAUUGAUUUUUUUUUGUUUCAUCAGUAUGUCAGUGGUUCUUAGAUGCUCUUAGAGGGUCCAAUAAAUUCCAUUGGCUCCAACUAAAGCGUUAAUUUUUUUCGUUUUUUAUUAGUAUGUCAUUGGUUCCUAGAUACUCAAACCAAGAUAUUGAUUUUUUAUUAGCCUGUCACUGGAUCCUAGACCAUUUUGAUUAUAAUCAAGACUGGAUUUUAAUAGAAUAUUAUUGUAAACAAACAUUUCAAGGGCGUGACACCACCAGGGUGUCACACACGUCCCACUUGUAAUCGAGGUUUGUUUUUUUAUUUUCCAGUCAAUCAUUGGACCCUAAACCAUCGCCUUGUGCGUGCCAAUGGUCGACUGUAUCUCAUCCAGUUUGCUUCUUGGAUCUAACCAUUCCUCUAUUCAAUUCGUUUCAGUCACUUUGGCCACGAUCAAAAUUCCCUUUCCUCAACCCAUGGUCAUACACAGGUUUCAACCACUACAUCAAAUGGCCUCAUCCCAGUCAUAUGACUUCUUCUGCCAUGAAGCAAACACCUUUUUUCGAUUUUGUGCAUUAAUGUAAAAAAAAAAAAAUGGGCGUGACGUCAGUAGGGUGUCACACACGUCCCGCUUGUACCCAGGGCUUCACGCGGUUCAUUAAAACUAUGUCAAGAAUGUGAGAUUCAACUCUUGUGUGUGCGUGUUCUUUAUUCCUAUGGGGUCACGUGGUUUAAAACAAUGGGUUGUGACGUCAAUAAGUCACAUGGGCGAAAUGCGCGAUGCUGAUUGGUCGAGACGAAAUUUGCUGCGCUCUGAUUGGUUAGGACCCGGGGUAGCCAUAUGUACUACUACCAAUGCUCUUGCAACUUGCAGUUAAAACAACAAACACUAAGGAUUGGUGAAGAGGGGCUUGAAUUGCAACAAGAGAAAAACAUUGAUAGAGAACCUACUGAAGACAGCGAGGAAAAAGGCAAAACAACUAAAAGAGUAACAAGAGAUGAAAAAGUGACAUUUCCAGAAACUACAUCACAGAUGAUCGGAUGGAAACCUAAAAUUCUGCAGCGAAACGAGGUUGAGAGACACGCACGUGGCAAGCAGGACAUAGUGAAGCUAUUUAAAUGGCCUCGCGAGGGCGUGUAA